AAAAUUUAAAAGUGAGUUCGUUUGGAAUCCGCCUUUAUGUGCAGUUUCCAGAGGCGUACUACAGAUGGCAGUCGCGUCGACAGUCAAGACGAAAAACGAAGACGCGUCAGUUCUCAGCCGUUCUUCGAGCGCUACGUAUUCGACGACUUCGUACCUGCUUAUAACGCGAGACAAAUUCGCGUCGCGUUCCGGGAACACUUUUUACGUGAAACUCGCGAAUUAUGUUAAAUGCAAGAAAGUGCGAAUGUGGCUAAAGGCACAGGAUCUCAAUAUACGUACACUAAAGAUAAUUUUCACAAGAUUUCGUACGGAAUAUACAAUGACUGCCGCUAUUAGUGUAUACAGUCUAACCGUAAACCAGCUAACGAUGGUGUAUCAUAAAAGGCAGGAGUCCACAAUCAAAAAUGGCCAUUAAAAGAAGAAUUCGCAGAACGUUCCUAGAAGCAGUAUGCCGACCACACCUCGUCAGGAUCUUCCUCAUCCUCUAGAAGUUCAAAGUUCAUAAACCGGGUAAUCAUCAUAAUCAUCAUUGACUUGAUAAUAGCAUUCGGCAAGAAGAAAUCCAAAAAUAAUUGGAUAGUGGAAACCAAUGAAAUUGAUCGUCAUGCCGUGAACGAAGAUACGGAAGAGGCUGUAAAAAAGAAGAGUAAAUUAAACUAGUCCGCUAGUAAACAACGAGCUGGUUUUAACUAUAAUUCUAGUGUCAGUGGGGUAAGUGUGUUAACAGUGUGUCGGGGGAUAAACAAAAGGAGGGUUAGAGCAAGACAAAAAAUUUUUUGUGAAAUUCCGAAGGGCCUUAAAGAAGCUCCCAAGACCGAAGCUCGUCAAAGUGAAGUGCCCGGGGCUACCUGAGAUGGCCUUCAUGAUGAAGAAGAAGAAGUACAAAUUCUCCGUGGAGGUCGGUCUCGAGGAACUAACCGCCGUGCCUUUCGUGAGCGCUGUAUUAUUCGCAAAACUUCGUUUACUCGACGGCGGUUCGUUCGUUGAUCAUUCCACUAGGGAAGAGGUCCAAGAACACACCGUGAGGUGGAACGCAAAAUUCGAGUUUGUCUGCAAGAUGAGUGCCAAUGCUUCGACCGGAGUCCUGGAUCCUUGCAUUUUAAGGAUAUCCGUGAGAAAGGAACUAAAGGGAGGCAGGUCCUUCCAAAAACUCGGCUUUACCGAUCUGAACCUGGCGGAAUUCGCGGGGGCUGGUCUUUGUCGAAGAAGAUGCCUACUGGAAGGAUACGACGCCAGGCAUCGACAGGACAAUUCCAUGCUAAGGGUAGCUAUCAAGAUGAACAUGCUGUCUGGAGAUAUCCUGUUCAAAGUACCAUCGCCCUCGUUGAAGCACACUCAGCUAGCCGUUCCUGGAGUGCCUGGUGUACCUGGUGUCACAGGUGACGAAGUGAUAGGCUCGGAAAGAUGUAGUAAUCGUGACGAUUAUGUAUCUAGUGGUUCCUUGGCCGGAAGUAUAGCUAGUGCCAGCAGCGGUUUUGGAAGUCUUCCGAAAAAGAGGCCUGCCCUCUUUUCCUCCGAACUCUUGAGUGGUACGGAGACUUAUGAUCCUAUGACACUCAGCGAAAUAGUACCUACGUCACUUCCUGUUGAGUGUCUGACCGAAGCGCACACGGAAUCGGGUCAUUCACGCAACAGUAGCAAUACCAGUCAGCUCAGCAAAGGAUCAGGAUACGGAUCCUUGAACUCGCACAGUCAGCACAGUCGGCAGAGCAGUAGCGGCGAUAGUGGACACAUCAGGUCACCCUCUUGGCCGGUAUGGGCACCACGCCUACCAACCCUUCCCUCCCAAAAUCAUCAGCCCAAUCUAACCAAACCCGAAUCCGUAUCAACUAGUACCAACGUAACGAGAACCACAACGAAUAGUAGCAGCAGUGUACCUACCAGUCAAUAUCCCAUGUCGCCACCCUCACCCUCCCUCACCCUGAUGAAUCCACGUAACCGUUUCUGGUCGACCUCCAGUCCCAUAUCCUCGCGUAGGCACGACAUGGGGAAGAUUCGCGAAGCCUCGAGUGCCGCAGCGGUGAACGUGAACAUUGCCGUCGUUAACUGCGCUGAUCUCGCGAAUGGCACUCUUAAAGAGAACAAUAAUCUAUCCAAGGACGAGAUCGAUGGCGGUCCCGCGGAGUUGCGGCACUCGCGCGCUAAUUCAAACCGGGAUGACAAUAAGGGCCAAUCGACGCAGCUCGCGGGUCAGUGGAGACCGAAACUGGGUCACGCGGCCUGGCGCGGUAUUUCCAAAACCUGCGACUGCAUCGAGAAGGGCAAAACCAGUCCCGUUUUGAGACUCGUCGAUCAGGCUAGGGCAGUAUCCUCUCCAGAUCCUCUUCAUAGGCCUGACACUCCCAGAGCCUCGCUUCUCUCCGCGACGGCGGGCCAGACCCUCAGGGGAAUUGGCGGAGGUCAUCGUAAGUUGCUGGAUGGGGCUGGGGGCAAGUUGGCUACCGUUGCAACCAGCCCGGACUCCGAAGAGUCCUCGCUAGGAGUACCUGAAGUCGCACCUGCAACUGCACAGCGCCGAAACAGCAUAACCCCACCAAAUCCCUCCGGAGGAUCAGGACUGAGCGAAACGGGAUCCUUGGACAGGGCGAAGGCUGCUCUUGAGCGCAGAAAAAAGGCAGAGGAUGGUACUGGUAAUACAGUUCUCUGUAGGGUCGAAGUAACCAGGCCGAAUCCCGACUCUCUUAUCGAUGAACUACUCAAGGCUACAAAUCUGGAGCAAUCCGACCUCGAAAGUGCUGAAACAUCGGGAUUACAACUGUUCAUUGGAAAGGAUGGUACGACGGCCCUAGGAAGUCACGAAGUCAAGAGCCAAAUGCCUGCAGGUGUAUUCAAGCAGGUCGUUAUGGAGGAGAAUAACAGGUAACACGAAGUGAACACGUCCAGGCGGCAAUACACACGUCCAGCCGCUGGUACGACAUUCUCUCUGGCUCUGGUACCGGAACUCGUCUAUGAGACCUGCGAGCCCCGGUAGUAACGACGAAGACGAUGCUGAACUAAAGAAAAUGAAGGAACAGUGGCUCCUCCGUUAGUGAAGAGAAACCAGGAGGAAGUGUACGUAGAGCUCAAGGUUUAAGAAAGGCAUCUUCGGGAUCUUCUAAAGGAAGCCGAAAGCUUACUUAUUUUAGAGACACACAAAAAACACACACAAGUUACACGUAGCGAAAAAGAGGUAUAAUGAAAACUAAAAGGCUCGUUAUAACUUAAAUAAGCGACGCAUUGUAUGAGUUAUGGUUAAGCGAGGCUCUGGAGGUUAGGGAGAGUUAGGGAAGAGGAUGGACAAAGAAAGCUUAAUAUAAGAGAGACAUAUUGUGAACGGAGAGAGAGAAAUAAUGUUUAUUUAACGAGUGAGAGAGAGAUAGAGAGAAGGAGAGACACACACACAGAAGACAAGAUGGGGCUUUUUACUCUCUUCCAAUUGUUCGACGGAGCACAAGAUAACCUCAUCAUAGCCUGCCGUGUUACCGCCUUGAGGAGCUUUAGUCAAUACUUAGAGUGGUAUUACGACGAGUACGAAACAAUAAUAGCUGUACUAUAAUGGAUUUGGCUGCGACAAUUGUCGUUCGAGUCCGUAAGUGUUAACUAAUAUAUUCAAGAGAGAAUAAUGCUGCGCUUGCACCAACGCUUACCUCCUUACACGUUGUCUUUGCGAUUCGGCUCGAUUCUUUGAUCUUCGUGUCGUCCCCGUCUCGUUUUGAUUCCUAACACUCGGAAUCAGUGACUACAAUAUUAGAUACGAAUAACCGAGACUAUAUUUGUUGCUGUGUCUGAUCAUCUUCAUCAAUGCUACCGGAGCUUUUUCUCAAGACUAUCUUUCCGACGGUUGGUGCAAUCCAGCUAUUCUUUAGCAAUUUGUAUAUACAGCGUAGUGAUUGUUACGUAGUUAAAUAGCUGGUGUUCUAUAAAAAUGCGAGUUCUACGUAUUACGGCGAAUACACUAUACUGCUCUGUCGAUUACGAUUAUAUAUUGUGGAGGCUGAUUGUGUGAGAGGGAUGCGUGACUGAAAUAUGUAUGCGUGCGUGCGUGGGUGGUGCGCGAAUCCAACCCCUGUUCGCCCUGUAUUAGAAACAAGAAAUGAAAACUCUAUGAAAAAGACAAGAAACUAUUUAAAGUGUCAACCACUUCGUGGAAAAAUAUUACAAACGUGCUUUGUACGUACAGGACGAGCCACGAAUCACACGCCAUGUCAGUGAAUAACGUGGCCGAUGCACCUUUCAAUUAAAGACGCAGUAUAGUUCGUGUUGGCGCAGAUAGGAUUUUAUUUUCUGCUAUAGCUUGUCAUUUGCGAAUGCUAUUAUUAUAGAUCAGUAUUAUAGGAUAUUUAAAUAGUGACUCUUGACUGAUAACGAAGAAUAAAGAUUAAUUGGCGCUCUUGUGUAAAAUCAAGCGUUAAUAUUCCAUACAGGUAUAACAAUCAUUAUGUAUGUCGGACUGUGGCUGGUGAUUUUUGGUACAUCCUGUAUUGUGCAUCAUCGUGCAACCAUGCGCCGACCUUCCAAACCAUACCUGAGUGCCAUUAUUUCGCCGGUCAUUUAUCACCUUUCUGGAUAAAACAACAAUAGCAAGAAAUUAUGAAGAAAUAAGACGAAGAUGGAAUUGACGCACUAGGAAUUAUGAGCCCCUCACGGGAUAACCUUGUUUACUAUAUAUUUGUUUUAUUUUCAAGGGUUGAGGGUUCGCCGGAUUCUUGGCUUCUUUCUUUUUCUUUUUGUUUGUGACUGACGAUCCCCGUGCUGUAUUUUAUGACGGCGUGAAUAGGCGAACGGUUCUAUUUUCACUUGUCGGAGAAAAUAAACAACAGUAUUGUUAAACCGAUUUUUGAAGAAAAAAGGCUAGGAUCUUUCAUUUCUCUCGCCCUAAUUUAUUGAAAGGAGAUACAGGGAGAAUGGGCAAGUAUAUAUGUCACCGCACGGCCUUCCUGUACGCUUAAUGAGUUACAGUACUACAAUAUUGCAUUAUCAAAGCUGCGCGGAAGUUAAAUACACAGACAUACCGUGUAUGCACGGAUUUUGUGAAAGAAUGUCACGGUAAAGUUGCGAUGACUAUCGUCAUCUGCUUUAAAUUAUUUUUACAAUAAUAUCCGUGCGUUUUUCUUUGUUUAUGACGCGAGGGUUGAUAUUGUCGUUAAUUAAAACCAGUGGACGUUUUCGAAUGAGAAUUAAUUUAUUUAGGAAUUAUAUUAAGACAACAACAGCAACAAGGUAAAUGCCUGGGAGUAUACGGAGCGAUUCCUCUUUUGUAUAUAAAAUUAUAUAUAUAUUUUUCCUUUAUUGCUGCGGUACCUAAUGGGUGUCUAUGCCGUGCAAUGGUUGUCUUAUCGAUUAGUAAAGUAAGGCGAUUUCGAACGAAAUUAAAUGAUAAGAUAGAUUAAAGUAAAAAAUUCUGUGUGAUCCCCCCUAAACAAAUCUGCGUAUACCCAUUGCACGGAGCAGUCUUUUGUUCAUUUGACACGAGACAAAUAUUAAUUGUUGUGAUAUUUUACAAUAUUGUAAUAAUACCCAUUAUUACUGUAUUACUCGAUUGUAUUAUAUAAUAUUAUUAAUUUAAGUUUAAUACACUAUGGCCCAAUGCGUGCCCAUCGCGGCCCUUGUUGGAUCCACUUCUAUUAUUUACCGUUGUUGACACUCCGUAUAUCUAACUAUGCAAAAGGAGAACUUCCAUGUGCUGAUAAUAACACCAUGAAAAUCAGA